UUAAGGCUCAGGUCCAGGGAUAAUGAAUUGCCGUCUCGGGGACCUGAAUGAAAAGUUUUGGGAAUGGAUCCUCAGGGAGAAAAGCUAUCGAUGAGCUCGGUGGGACUCGAAUAGGACUUGAUGGCACAGAAGGAAGCACGGAAUCAGUGAGAACGCCUUAGGGUAGAACGAGCAUGUUCUUCCGCCUUAUGACGCUAGAUGGCGCUCUACAAAGGGGCAAAACACCCGUCUACAAAGCUAGUACGGGACAACGGCGGCAGAGUUAAUCUGGGGAGGGGGAGCCACGUCUGAAACGAGUUGAAACGAUAGAGUACGGUAUUGCUAGAGAAGAUGUGGAAGCGUUGAGGCUAAGAGCAGAGGAACUUCCUCUACCGGCUCAGCCACGGGAGUAUUUUGGUGUCGGCGGAGCCUCUUGUGCCGUUUGGAGGGUCGAAGCGGUUCCUGGGAGGUGAGUGGAGGGCAGGUCGGAGGAGAAGCGGGGAACAAGUCAGACCCUUUGGCUUCCUCCACGGUGUAUGAAGCAGAGAAAGCGACGAGGCUAAAACAUGUGGGCUGCCGCUGCAUACUCUUUCUCUCCCCAAAUUUUGUUAUCCUUACGCCGCACGACUUAAAACUGUUGCCUGUGAUUUUCUGCUGGGAGAUUUAGGACACUUUCUUUAGUUUUCAUAUUUCUUAAUCUCCCACUUCCCUCAUCCUUCACGUAACACUCGAUUCCUUGUGAUAUUAAUUGGCAUGUUGUUUUAAUGGCAAGCGAGGCGUUUCAUGGGCAAAACAAAUGUUUUAAAUCUUGCAUAAGUUUUGGGCAUCAUUUCGUCCGUUAGUGUCUGCACCUUUCUAAAAUUAGAUAUAAAAAAUUGAGCUAAUGCACUCCUGGAACUUUUUGCACACUGAAAUAAAUUUACAUUGUCUACAAACAUAAAUUCAUAGGUUUUUAUUUCUGCAUCAAUAUGCAUGCAUAUUUGUAUGAUCUGUCCAAACCAAAAAGAAUGUUAUCAUAUGAUAAUUGUGUCAUUGAUGGUGAUUGUUUUUUUUCAUGCAAAUGUAUGGGUUUUUUUCUUUGCUCUCUCAUGUACUGGACUAAUAUUUAAACAAGUGAAACUUAAUACAUUAAUAUGUAUCUUACAGAUAAAGAGGAUGCCAAGAAGAGCACUUUGGACAAAAGAGAAUGAGAAGCAGCAUUAAAAUGUAAAAACAAGCAAUCAGUCAAAAUCUUUUCCACUUCCUCCGCAAAUGGAAAAACUCUUCUCCUUCCUCAGCAGAUGAGGGACAAGGCAGAUAUUAAAAAGAAAAAAAGUUUUCACCUGGAAAAAAAGACAGUAUCUGGAACUCAAGAAAACAUUACAUGAAAAGUGAAAGAGGAUAAUUUACAAAUAAAGAAAAAGUAGGAAAUAUCUGGAAGUCAGUUAGAAGAAAAAAUAUCCCUCCAAGUAAAAGAUCACAAAUAUUUUUGGCCUCCUCAAGAAUUGAAGAAUAUCAGUGUUGGAAAAACCCCAGAGACUGCCUAUUGUGGGGAAAACACCGAUUGCUAAUCACAGCUGAGGGGAUCCACCCAGUGAAAAGCGAUACAAAAGUUUGCAGUGCAGCAAAAGCUUUAUUUAGAAAAUCUUCCUCAUAAUUCAUUGAAUGACGCAUACAGGAGAGAAAAUCUACCAGUCCUUCAAAUGCGAUGAAAAAUUAAGCAUGAACACCAGUGUGCUGAGAUACAGGAGGAUUUACCCAAAGGAGACACACUUUGAAUGUUCUGAUUGUGGGAAAUGUUUCACACAGUACUCUGAUCUGGUGAUACACCAGAGGUCUCACGGGGCAGAGAAACCAUAUAAGUGUUCCGACUGUGGAAAAAGUUUCACUUGGAUCUGUCGCCUGAAAAUACACCAGAGGAGUCACAAAGGAGAAAAUCCAUAUGUGUGUCAAUAUUGUGGGAAAGGUUUCAAUUGGAAUUCUCUACUGGUGGAACAUCAGAGGAUUCACACAGGAGAAAAACCCUAUGAGUGUCCUGAUUGUGGGAAAGAUUUCUGUCGGAAAUCUGACCUGGUGAAACAUCAGAGGACUCACACAGGAGAGAAACCAUAUAAAUGUCGUGACUGUGGGGAAAGUUUCAGUCAUAAUUCUUACCUAGUGAAACACCAGAGGACUCAUACGGGAGAGAAACUGUAUGCGUGUUCAGAUUGUGGGAAAGAUUUAAAUUGUAAUUCUGACCUGAUGAAACAUCAGAGGACUCAUACAGGAGAGAAACCAUAUACCUGUCCUGAUUGUGGGAAAAAUUUCAGUCAGAAUUCUUACCUAGUGAAACACCAGAGGACUCACACGCAAGAGAAACCAUAUGAGUGUUCGGAUUGUGGAAAAGCUUUCAAAUGGAAUUCUGAUCUAGUGAUACACAAAAGGAUUCACACGGGUGAAAAACCAUAUGAGUGUCUAUUUUGUGGGAAAAGUUUCAUUCAAAAUUCCUACCUUGUACGACAUCAGAGGACUCACACAGGAGAGAAACCAUAUAAGUGUCCAAACUGUGAGAAAAGUUUCACUCAGAAUUGUGAUCUGGUGAUACAUCAGAGGUCUCACACACAAGAAAAACCCUAUGAGUGUUCAGAUUGUCAGAAAGGUUUUAGUUGCAAUUCCGCCCUGGUGAAACAUCAGAGGAGUCAUACAGGAGAGAAACCAUAUAAAUGUCAUGAUUGUGGGAAAGGUUUCGGUCAGCAUUGUCACCUGUUGGUACACCAGAGAACGCACAUAGGGGCCAAACAGUAUAAGUGUGUAGAUUGUGGUAAAAGUUUCACUCGGAAUUCUAACCUGGUGAUACACCAGAGGACUCACACAGGAGAGAAACCAUAUAAAUGUGUAGAUUGUGGGGAAAGUUUCUAUAAGAAUUCUGACCUGCUGGUACACCAGAGGACUCACUCAGGGGACAAACGGUAUCAGUGUGUGGAUUGUGAUAAAAGUUUCAUUCGGAAUUCUAACCUGGUAAUACACCAGAGGACUCAUGGAGCAGAAAAAUUAUAUGAGUGUCUGUUUUGUGGGAAAAGUUUCAGUCAGACUUCCAACCUGGUGCAACACCAGAACACUCACACAGGAGAAAAACCAUUUGAGUGCCUGGAAUGUGGGAAAAGAUUCAGUUGGAAUUUCCACCUGGUGAUACACCAGAAGACUCACACAGAUGCGAAACUGUAUGUGUGUCCAGAGUGUGGGGAAAGUUUCAGUUGCAAGUCUGAACUAAUGAAGCACCAGAAGACUCACAGAGGAGAAAGACUGUAUGAGUGUCCAGAUUGUGGGAAAAGUUUCACUCGGAAUUCUAAGCUAUUGAGACACCAGAGAAUUCACACAGGAGAGAAACCAUAUGAGUGUCUGUAUUGUGGAAAAAGUUUCAGUCAGAAAUCUAACCUAGUGGUACACCAGGGGACUCACACAGGAGAAAAACCAUAUCCAUGUCCAGAUUGUGGGAAAUGUUUCCAGCAUAAUUCCAAGCUGGUGGUACACCAGAGGUCUCACACAGGAGAGAAACCCUAUCAGUGUCCAGAUUGUGGGAAAAGUUUCCAGGAGAAUUCCUACUUGGUGAAACACCAGAAAACUCACAGAGGAGAAAAACCAUAUGAGUGUCCGGAUUGUGGGAAAGAUUUCAGGACUAGGUCUAGCCUUAUAAAUCAUGUAAGAAUACACAUAGGGGAAUAUUUAGCAUGUAGCAAAAGCCUUUCCUCAGAAAAGCUUCCUCAUGAUUCAUUGAAUGACCCAUACCGGAGAAAAAAAAUCUACCAGUGUUGCCAAUAUGACAAAAGAUUAAGUAUGAACACCAAUGUAGUAAGAUACACAAGGGCUCAGGCUGGGGAGACAAACAUUGAAUGCCCUGUUUGUGGGAAAAGAUUCACACAGAAUUCUGAUCUGGUGUUACACCAGAGGACUCACAUGCAAGAGAAGCCAUAUAAGUGUACUGACUGUGGAAAACGUUUCAUUUGGAUUUGUCACCUGAAGAUACACCAGAUGACUCACAAACGAGAAAAUCUAUAUGAGUGUCAAGUUUGUGGGAAAGGUUUUAAUUGGAAUUCUCUCCUGGUGGAACAUCAGAAGACUCACACAACAGAGAGACCAUAUGAGUGUCCUGAUUGUGGGAAAGAUUUCUCUCGGAAAUUUAACCUGGUGAAGCAUCAGAGGACUCACACAGGAGAGCGACCAUAUGAGUGUCCAGAUUGUGGGAAAAAUUUCUCUCAGAAAUUUAACCUGGUGAAACAUCAGAGGACUCACACAGGAGAGAAACCAUAUGAGUGUCCUGAUUGUGGGAAAGAUUUCUCUCAGAAAUUUAACCUGGUGAAUCAUCAGAGGACUCACACAGAAGAGAAACCAUAUAACUGUCCUGAUUGUGAGAAAAGUUUCAGUCACAAUUCCUACCUGGUAAAACAUCAAAUGACUCACACAGGAGAGAAACCAUAUAUCUGUCCUGAUUGUGGGAAAAGUUUCAAUCGGAAUUCCUACCUGGUGAAACACAUGAAAACUCAUACGGCAGAGAAACAGUAUGAGUGUCCAGAAUGUGGGAAAAGUUUCAAUCAGAAUUCCUUCCUGGUGCAACACCAAAAUAUUCACACAGGAGAAAAACCAUAUAAGUGCCUGGAUUGUGGGAAAAGAUUCAGUUGGAAUUUCCACCUGGUGAUACACCAGAAGACUCACACAGGAGAGAAACUGUACGAAUGUCCAGAAUGUCAGGAAAGUUUCACUAUUAAGUCUGAACUGGUGAAACACCAGAAGACUCAUAGAGGAGAGAGACUGUUUGAGUGUCCUGAUUGUGGGAAAAGCUUCCCUCGGAAUUCCAAGCUGUUGAGACAUCAGAGAACUCACACGGGAGAGAAACCAUAUGAGUGUCUGCAUUGUGGGAAAAGUUUCAGUCAGAAAUCUAACCUAGUGGUACAUCAGGAGACUCACACAGGAGAAAAACCAUAUCAGUGUCCAGAUUAUAAAGGAGAUGCCAAGAAGAGGACUUUGGACAAUAGAGAAUAA